GCUACCUCUCCUGGCAGGGUCUGAGUCACCAGGGCGUGGCGCAGUGUCUGUAUUGUUACCGCUGCCUCCUCCCAUCCCGGCCGCUCAGACGGGUGGCGCACUAGUGUCCCAGCCGGCAUCACUCACAGGUCUCACUGUCCAAUUUCUGCCGGUUACAGCCCCUUCCCUGUAUCCAGCAUGGAUCAUCAGUCCCCGAUAGUAACAUCCACCGGUUUCAGACACGAUGAUCCUGACACACCCGAAGAAUACCCAGAGCUCGAUAAGAAGACCUUGGAGGAUCUAGAUGUGCUGGACUUGACCAAAGGAGCCGGCGAGUUCGGCCACCCGCCAUUCAAGGUCUCUUUUCCGCCCCACGAGAAUGAUGUAGAUGAGGAUGAUAAAAGCUGGACAGAUAGCCUAGAACCAUCACCGGAGGAAGAGCAGCCCAGCAGCAUCAGUUGGCGAACAUAUGAACCUGUCGUACCCAGUGCGCCCGUGGAAGAGGAGGUGAGGCCGGUUGUGCCACGCAGAGGGUCCUCCGGUUCCGCGGAUGAGAACCUCUUUCCUCUUCCUGCUGCAUCUGUGCCUCUGAUGCACUCCUCUGCAGACAAAGUACUGGAUUUGCAGCAGCCUUCUAGCACUGGCCAUGAAGAUUUUGCAUCUCUGCUUGGGUUUACUGCUUCCCUUCCCUCUAUAUCUCCUCUGUCUGCUGAUUUUUCUAAAGAGCAUGUGGUUGCAACAGAAACUUUCCAUGGAUCAUUUAGUAAUACAUACACCAGGACCGUAGGAGACUUGUCUUUAGUAGAGAACUUGGGUAAUGUUAAGGAGCCUGCCUUUUCUGAGGUAGCAACAGGUCGUGAACAACCUUCACUUUUAGGCCACAAUAUGGAAGAUGUAAUAUUUUCUGAAAAGGGUAAUGUAGUUGAACAUCCCACAUCUCAACAGGAGACAGUAGCUGAAGAGCAGACAAAAUUAUACACACAGUCUGCUAAAGAGCUGUUCUCAGGAAUGCUUAAAUCUGUUGGGCCACCAAAUGAAGAAUUCUCAGAAAUCAGAGAAGGUACAGAUGAACAGUACGUUGAUUUCAAACCAUUUAUGAGCACAAAACCAUCUGAUUUGGACUUUGCCAGUAAAGCUGUAGCAGAGAAGGUAAAUAGCGAUGUUGACAGUCAAAAGUUACGCAGCCCUGGACAGUUAAAGGAAGUGUAUAUUGAAGAAAAGGAAAUUGACCUUUCGGAUGACAUUUCCCCUGUGACACCUGAAAUUGUACCUGAUUCUUCAAAUUAUGAAAUGUUUUCUGAUUUGGAGCAACACAUCCCAUUUAGUGUGGGAUUGGGCCAAGUUUCAGGAAAUAAAACAGAUGAGAAGAAGAUGGCAGAAAUUGAAGCCCAGGCAGCCUCUCAGCAUUUUGGUUCUAAUGUUGCAAUGGUCAACCCGUUCUUUGAACAUGUAGAUCAAGAAGUUGAUUAUGUUACCACUCAAAAUGUAUCUGCAGCUUCCCCAGACCAGGCAGCAAACAAGUCAGAAGGGCUUACUCCAGACAUUGUUCAAGAAGCAUAUGAAAGUGAGGCUCAUGAUAUUGCAGUAUCAAAUCUCUGUCCUGAACCAAAAAUAGAUUUGGUUCAAACAGCUGCUGAAUCUGUUGAAUACAAAAUUAGCCCAACGAAACAAUCAUCUGCAUUAUUUGAAGACUCUGAAUCAGUCUCUUCACCAGUUCUGCCCGAUAUUGUAAUGGAAGCACCUCUAGCAUCCUCAACUAUUGCUUUUGAAACCAUUCAUUCCCAACCUGAUGUUUCUCCAGUAGGUAAUGCACCUGUUGUCAGUGAAGAAAGGAUAAAAUAUGAGUCUGAGAAACCUCCUUCUUAUGAAGAAGCCAUAAACAAACCUGUUCCACAAGCUAAGGAUACAUUUGUUACAUCUAUAGAACCUAGAAAAGGACCAACCGGCAUAGAGGCUGAAGCUCCAUACAUAUCCAUUGCAUGUGAUUUAAUAAAGGAAACAAUCGCUACUGAACCUACUCCACCACAUUUUACAGAUUUUUCAAAGGUUUUAAAGCAUGAAUUUGAUGCCCAGUUCACUCAACAAUUAGAUGAUAGUUCUCCAGAAUCUGAGCAAAGUGAACCUUCAUAUAAGCAUUGGGAACCUGAAAUUAUCACAAAGGAAAUUUCUGGCAUUAUGGCAGAAAGUGUAAAAGAUCAAAUCAAUGUUUCAAAAAAAGAGCUUGAACGUGACCAAGAGCUUAGAGAACCUUCUACAACUAAAGCCUAUUUAGAAUCUUUCCAGCUUGACUCCUCUAUACCUAAAGAUGCCAGCGAUAUAUUAGCUGAAAGUCUGGUUUCAGAAAGUAUCAAAGUUGAGAAGCCUCUACAAAUGGAUGAGUUUGAGAAAACGUUAUAUACCGAUAAGGUUUCCAAGUAUUCGCCAAACUCAGAGACUUCAGGAUAUGAAAGUAGAUCAUCAACCAUUCCAUUUGCAGAAGCGUAUGGCUUCAAACCGUUCAAUGAUGCACAGGGAGAGGUAGGUCAGAAAGCUUUACAGAUAGACAACCAGAUUUCAAGUAAAAAGUCCAGUUCUGAGAAGAAGCAAGAACAGUCUUCUGAGUUGUUUCAGGAUUUUACAUCUUUUCAGAAUGAACAUACUGAAGGUUACUAUGAAUCUGAAAAGUCAGAUGACUUUGAUAUUGCAGAGAGUGGUGCAUAUGGCAAGGACGUCAUGCCUAAAGGUGAAUCAUUAAUUGUUGACGAAAUUGUGGCUAAACCUGUGACCCCUACAAAGGAUGCUGAUAUCAACCCUCCAUUCAGUAAAGGAAAAGAGGCCAGAGACUAUUCAGUAGCUGCUUGCAGUUACAAGAAAUCAGUGAUUGACCUCCUAUACUGGCAAGAUAUUAAGAAGACAGGUGUGGUGUUCGGUCUCAGUCUGUUCCUGCUGCUUUCGUUGACAGCAUUCAGCAUUGUCAGCGUGUGUGCGUAUGUUGCCUUGGCCCUGCUCUCCGUUACCAUCAGCUUCAGAAUAUACAAAGGUGUUCUGCAGGCAAUCCAGAAGUCUGAUGACGGACACCCCUUCAAAUGCUUUCUGGAUUCCAAUGUCGCAGUGUCUGAAGAGCUUGUUCAGAAAUAUUGUAAUGUUGCCCUGAACCACAUUAACUGCACACUCAAAGAGCUCAGGCGCCUUUUCUUGGUAGAAGAUUUGGUGGAUUCGCUCAAGUUUGCAGUUUUAAUGUGGGUGUUCACCUAUAUUGGUGCCUUGUUCAACGGCCUGACUUUACUUAUUCUGGCACUCAUUUCCUUAUUCAGUAUUCCAGUAAUUUAUGAAAGACAUCAGACUCAGAUUGAUCGCUACCUAAGUCUUGUAAACAAGAAUGUUAAAGAUACAACGGAUUUGGUCCUUUCUAAAAUUCCUGGUCUGAAACGCAAAACGGAAUAAAUCUUCUUAAACAACGUCUGCCCAGAUAUUAAUAGGAGCCUCAGCAUUUGAGCGCUGUGUAUUUAAAUUUACAGGGGUGGGUCAGGGACGCUACUAGCCUUGACAUUGCAGUGCAAUUUCACAGAUUUUUUUUUUAUUUUUAGUAACGCAGUGUUUAAGGAAAAAAAGAACCUGUUUUACUGCCACGUGACUCAUUCUAAGUAUUUGUAAGCUGCUAUGUAUGGGUUUGAAACUAUUUUAUCGUUUUUUUUCUUCUGUGUGAGGCACCGUUGAAUACAGAAUAUUUUUUAGCAUGCUGUAUAUUGUGCUUCAGAGGUAGUCUGCUGCGCUUUCAUGGGCAUCAUAAUAUUCAGUUACUGCACUGUGUAUGAUCAAAGAAUAGAGAUUUGAUGCCGACAUCUGUGAGUAAGGACCUGCUUAAGUGUAGCAUGGCCAUCAGUUCUAAACUGCCUGAGGCAUUUCUGACCCCUCCAACACUGAAUAGACCCUAGAAGACCAUAUCAGCAAGCGAAGGAUAGAAAUCUGCUUCUGUUUGGUAUCAUAGUAGCUCUAUUGUGAUUUUACUGUUUUAUCAAUUGCCAAUAUCUAUAGUGUUUUUCAAAAAGCAUAGCUCUUUCAGUGCUUUACAGUGCUUUAAAACCUUUUUUUUUUUUAGUGAAUUGACAUUCUAAUUGCUAGCUCAAUAGCACAUACACUUAAACGAAAACCUAUUUCUAGAAACACUAGUGUCUGUUUUAAGAAUGCAAAAAAAACGUAUAACUUAUGUUGUUUCACAUUAGUUAGUUUUGCGCAAACACAUUUACAGUCACUUGAACUAUUGAUGACUUUUUUUUUCUGUGGGUCGGUACUAAUUACUGCAAAUAUGUUUGGGGAAAAGUCCAACUUUUGUGUUGCAAGAACAUGAAGUAUUAUACAGCUGCAGAAAUGUGCUGAAGCAAGUCUUUGGAAUGCAUUGUGAUAUGUAAAAACAAAACCCAAAUAUAAAUAAAGCUUGUAGGCUUAAA